GAAAACGCAGGGCAUUUUCUUUCGCAACCCCCCUCUCCCGUCCCCAGUUCGCUAUCAGGGACAUGCAGACGUCGGCGACGGCGGCGCAUAGGGUUUGAAGAGGCCGCCGAGCUCCCCCCUCCGCCGCCCCUGGAAUUUUCAAGCGACGGCCUCCUCCCUCGGCUGCCCCUGCGAUUCUCCAGCGAAGAGCUCCUACGCCACCUGGAUCGGACCCUCUGCCGACCCCGUACGGCUCCUCCCUCUUCCUCGCCCUGUCACUGAGCUCUGCGCCUCCGCCGACUUCCGUGAUCGGCCCUCCGGCCGCCCCCGCGCUUCUCCCGUGCCCUCCGAACUCCCGGUCGCCUCCCUACCCAAGGCCCAGGCCCGCGACCUCGACUGGCCCCAUCAGCUCCUCCCUCUAGCAGCAAGUGACAAAAUCCUUUUAACGCGAAGUAUGACGAGGUGGAAAGGUGGCCAACUAGUUUACUUUUCGUUGCACGAAACAGUAGCUAGAGGCCUUGGAUGACAACGAAGCCAAGAGCUCGAUGGAAGUAAUUUGUAGAGAGGACCUAUGUUAUAGAAAUUUAGUUUUCAAUGUGUAUAUUCUCCAUUGUUUAUGUGUAAAGCAUGAUAAAAUGUAAAUAUUGAUACUUCCUUGGAUGUAUAUUCUUCUAUAUUGUUUGCUUCAUGUUUGGCAAUUUACGGGAAGAGGAAUAGGAGUUUGGGGAAGGGGGCUAGUGGACAGAUUAGACAGGGAUCUGACAUCUUAGUUCCAGUCCUGUGUAGAAUCUAAUGGGGAUCAUGUAUGAGAACUUGAGGGGUGAGUUUCUUCCCUUGGUUGGUUAGUGGGAGAAUAGUUUCUAUUAUCUUAUGGACAACUUGACCAGGUUAUAUUUGAAAUGUAUAUAUGUUGUUCUUUUUAAUCAUCUACGACAGAUGCUGUUUUCAGCAACCUGGUUAUCUGGAUGUAUGAUAGUUCAUUUGAACUUACGUGCAAACUUGAGAUGGUUGAUAGUAACAUUCAUGUGAGCUUUAUUUGUUGAGAAAAGGUCAUGAUGGUGUACUUGCUUCAUGGCUUUUCUAACUCAUCUUGCUAUGAUGGUUAGCUUUAGAGCUACACCGAAGGGCUGAUGAAGGGCCAAGGAUCAAACCACCAGGAUAAAAGGAAGGGAGAGGUGAACAAAAUACCGUACACACGGCCACCCCCACUGCGUGUUCAAUGUCCGAACUAUGUAGUCUGUGAUCUAAAUGGAUCUCCAUCUGAUGUGAGGAGGAGUUGGCGAAGGGCAAUUUUAAUCCUCCGCCUGUGGUGCUUUAACAACACUGAUGAACGAUACCAAUUUGGUGACCCUUGCUCUUGCAGUUGUAUGAUACCGGCCAUUGGGAAGUUCUUUAUUUACAUCCACUGGAGUUCUAAAUGGCUGUGCGCCAUCAUUGAUGGGCCUUCACUGUAUCUUGAUGGGUAUACAACCAGAAGUAAAGGACGGGAUCAUGAACUUAAGAGUUCGUGAGAAUGACAGCAGGCGGAGGAAAGGGCCUGUUCUGAUAGAAAAAUCAGAGGCACUACCAUGGCGUGGGAACUACAAAUCAGCAGACUUAUGCAUUUUUGGCUAUCAUGGUUUGAUUCCAGCCUUUAAAGAGAUGCACGCCUUUGUUCAGACAGGCAAAUGCAAAUCAAAAGAGAAGCUGGAAAUGGCCGGGCAAACUUUCAUCUGGCAUCUUCCUGAGGCCAGUAGAUCUGACAACUUGUUCCAAGAUAUAGAUGACAAUUUCUUCAUUGGUGGUAAAUUUGGCAUGGAAAGACUUAAAGCUGCCCGGUGCUGGUCAGAUGAAUCUGAGGAGGCAAGAUCAGGGAUGCAUUUUGCAGAGAAAUCAGAGACAUAUACUGCAUGCCCUGCCAAGAAACAAGAUACGACACCUGAAAUGAAGAGAACUGUAGACAUCAUUGAGAACAUUAGACUUCUAUACCGUCCAGAUCAUGUCCACGCCAGAUUACAGCUCACUGAUAUGCCUAUACACCUUGGAAAGGAAGGACCAAUUGGUGAUUUGUGGGCCAACCAACACCUAAUUGAUGUGCACAUGUCAUCAUUUAGCUUUCUGGGCCAGAGAAUCUCGAUUAGUGGCUCCUAUUCCAUUGGAAGUUUGGUCGAGGAGAAUACUUGGAGUGCAACGGACAACCAUCCUGUCAAAAGGGCCACGAAAAAGCUGGAUUCUAUUGAAGAAAACGCUGCGAUCAAUGGACAUGGUGUUGGUUUAUAUAAUCUGGUGAAACAUGUUAUAUGAAUUCUACUAUUCAGUGCAUGAACAGGGUUCCAGAACUGAAGGCUGCAUUGACAAGCUAUUCGCAUAAUGCCAAGCGCGAUGGGAUUGACGUCAUGUCACACAAUCUUUCAGUUGCAGCUAAUCAUAUAUUUUCAGAGCUUGAUAAAAAUACUGAAGCAGUUAGUCCUUCAAAGCUCUUAGAGAUGAUGCGAGCGAAAUAUCCAACAUUUGCCGAACAGGAAAAUAAUGUUUAUAGGCAACAGGACGCUGAAGAGUGCUGGUCUGGCCUAUUGAAUGCGUUUUCUGAAGCUUUUGCAUCAGAAGCAAGUGAGCCUACCACUGAUCAGAUGAAGGAAAUUUUUGGGAUUGAACUUGUGAGCAGGUCAAAAUGUGCAGAAAAUGGUGCAGGGCGUUUGAAGACACAAAGUGUAAAGCUUCUAAGAUGUCCUAUAACUGAUGGCAUGAACCACCUUGAUGAGGUACUUGAGCAUACUCUGAGGACAGGAGAUUCGAUGUAUGAAAAAGAUUCAGAAAUAAAUGAGUUGCCUAGGUAUUUCACGAUACAGCUUGGUCGGAUGUGGGAUGAAAUGCAAAACAGACUGACCAAAAAAUUUGAUAAAGUGAGCCAUCCACUGCAAUUGGAUCUUUAUGGGCACUGUUCAGAUGAAAUGAAACUUAAACUUCAAGCUGCCAGAGAGGUCGCAGAAUCUGGUGCCCUGGGAUCAUCUUACAUGGACAUUGAUCAAUUUGAUUCUACUGUACCAAAGAAACAAUUAACGGGCAUAUACAAUUUGGUAGCAGUUGUGACACACAAGGGGCCGACUGCAAAUCUUGGACAUUAUGUUGCAUGGGUUAAGCAAGCUAAUGAGACGUGGAUUCAGUUUUCUGACGAUAUGACUAGCACACAUGAGGACAGUGAGAUUCUCGAACUAUCCGGUGGUGCUGAUGACCAACAUGUGGCUUAUAUCUAUCUGUACAAGGCUCAGCUUAUCUGAUUCCAAGCCUAGAGAGGCAUUACGAUCGAGUCAAUCCUUCUCUUCUCACUUCAAGAUUGAUCUCGGGCCAUCCGUUGCAAAACUGAGAUUCCGACUGAGUUCUGUUGUGGUGCCUGCAGGGAUGUGAUUGUUUGGAGUUAAGAACUUCCCUGGUCAGUUACCUAGUUGAACAAUUUUUUUUUUGCCUGUUGCGGCUUUGCUUAGGCCCCGUUUGGGAGCCAUGUAAAUGGAUGAUAUUUUUUUCUUUUUGCGGAGAGCCAUGUAAAUUGUUGCGGUUGUAAAAUCCAUACCAGUGUAUUCCACCACUCCACGCAACAAACCAGUAUUUUACAUGGGACUAGAGAGGAGACGAGUUGGAAAAAAAAUGACGUGCUGGGAAGUGUACUGGAUACCGACUGAUUGCAUGUGUAAUUACGCGACCGUUUUCUUUA